GUCCAACGCUCAAAUAUUUUCUCAUCAACAGGUUCAACCAUCACUUCACAGCUCAAGCUUCAAACCAACACUUGCCAUCCUCGCAACAAGUCAAUUCUACACACUGCAUUCUUUCGACCAAUCUUGCAUUCGCAUCUCUUCAACACUUUACAAAACACCUAUCCAACCAUCAAAAUGAAGUUCUCUCUCGCCUUCGUCGCCGCCCUUCUCUCGGCCACCAAUGUCGCCGCCGCUCCCUCCGCCGACCCCGGUGCCGUCUCCAUGAUGGCCGCUACUCCCCAGUGGACCAUCCAAAACAUGCAGCGCACCUGCGACAAGGGUGACACGACCUGCACCUGGAACUUCAAGAUCAACACCGGCAAGGGAACCCCGACGACUUGCAAGUACGUUGUCAAGGGACAUCCUGCUUCGCAGACCAGCGGCGGCCCGGCCAAGUGCGGCACCUUCACUAUCACUUCUGGCUGGAGCGGCCAGUUCGGUCCUGGCAAUGGAUUCACCGUCUUGUCGGUUAUCAGCAGCAACAAGCAAAUCAUCUGGCCUGGCUACACCGAUAAGCAGCUCGCCAGCGGCAAGGUCGUGAAGCCUGACCAGUCUUAUGCUCCUGCCAACCUUCCCAACUAA